UACAGUUACAGAAAUGGCAUAGUUUGAGUUCAUUUGAUGAAUUUUUAGUCAUUGUGUUUUGAUUCCUUGCUUUGAUUUUGUCUGGAACUUACUAUAUUGUCGCUACAUUUGUGGUUAUAUAUUAUAUAUAACUAUAUCGAAGGAGUGGACUAUGGGAGAACCUUUGGGGCUGUUAAAAGUGAUUGUUGUGCAAGGGAAAAAAUUGGUAGUCAGGGACUUCAAGAGCAGUGAUCCUUAUGUCAUUGUUAAGCUUGGCAACCAGACAGCAAAGACCAAGGUUAUAAACAGUUGCCUUAACCCAGUUUGGAAUGAAGAACUUUGUUUUUCCCUCACAGAACCUUCUGGAGUUCUAAACUUGCAAGUGUUUGAUAAAGACCGUUUCAAGGCGGAUGACAAGAUGGGGCAUGCUCACCUCAGCCUCCAACCAUUAGUUUCUGCAGCUAGAUUAAGGCAGAUCCUAGGCGCGUCUUCUGGUGAGACAACAUUAAGGAAGGUCAUUCCAGACAGUGACAACUGUCUAGCGAUGGAAAGCUCUAUUAACUGUGCAGAUGGUGAGGUUGUUCAGGAUGUUUGGUUGAGGCUUUCUGGAGUGGAGUCUGGGGAGAUAGAGUUAAAGAUCAAAUUAACCAAUCCUCCUGUUGCUCACUAAUGAUAUUGUAGAAUAAAGGCUCACUAAAACAUGGACCUAUUAACCGUGUGGAGUAAUUAUAUUGUAGCGUUUGGAGGAGUGUUCUAAUUUGAAAAGUUCUUUCACUGUAAAGGGAAUGACUUCUUUAGAAGGAAUUUAGAAAAGAGAAGAUGUUUGCCAAAUGGUACUUUUGAGAAGUCAUUUUAUAUCUCCCUCCCUGAUUUAACAUCUUGUUGGGAAGAGAUUAAUAUAGGUGGCUUAGCUUGGGACUAGUAUGCUUUUGAUAUAUUGAAGUUGAAAACUGUGCACUCAGAAUUUUCUCCGUCGUGGAGCUGUGGGUUUAGAUUCUUUCGAAUGUGUUCAAAUUUUAGGCCCUGUAAUUGUUGGGUGUAACAUGACUGGUGUGUAUAUAUAUAUAUAUAUAUAUAUAUAUAUAUAUAUAUAUAUAUAUAUAUAUAUGAUGUUGCGCUUGCGCUUAGUACAAGUGAUGUAUACAUUGUUGCAUAGAUGACAACCGGAACUUCAUGUCUAGAUGACCAAAAGCUGUUAAAUUGAUGCUCUGAAUUUAUCAUACAUGGGUGUACUCUUCUUGGCCUUUGCUUCUGUUACCACCUCUAGAGAACUAAGUAGUCCCAUGUCCAUUGAUAGGCCUUGUGAGCACCGCCAGCUUCUCCUCCUCGUUUGGCAGAAGGUGCAGGACUUAAGUCCCUAUACACGGACAAUAGGUAGGAGCUUAUGUGUAGAGGUGGUAUUGGAGGGUUGCCCCUUACCAGCAUGUAUCACCAGAGCCCCUGACAAAAGAAAAAGAAAAAGAAAACAGACUUACAAAGAAAGUGUCAUGGGAUUCUUGAAAGAGAUUAAUGGUAAAGUAAGCAUUGCCAAUGCAUUUUAAUUGAUUUCAUUGUAUUCCUAAAUUUAAUUGAUUCUCCUAAUUUUGAUUUUAAUUUCCUGUUUCAUCACUGAUGCUAUAUAAGACUAAAUUGCCCUGUUGUGUUAUCUUAUUGCUAGCUAAUCAGCUAUUAUGCAACAUUUCUUUUUUCUAUUCCGGUAGGUAAGGAUCUAAGUUUUUAUGUCCCAAACACGUAUAAUUCCGAAAGUGAAAGGAAGUAAGAAGAAAACCAAGAACUUCUUGUUGCCCUGAGACGUUUUCCUGUAAAUUAAUCUAAAUAUCUCUCCAAUAAAAAUAAUAUCUCAAAAGCAAUUAAUAAUUCAAACUUAAUCAAAUUUCUUCUUGCCAAUCUAUUUUUUUAACAACUGGCACAUGGUACUCAAGAUUUAAUGACUACUAUAAAUAUUUAGCAAUGACCAAAAAUAAAAAAAGAGUUACAAAUACAUAGAUAUGGAUAAAGUCCGCUUCAAAUGUUACUCAGAGCAGUCUUGGUUGAAACUGGAAAUUUUAUUCAAUAAUCUAAUACAAGACCAUAGAACAAGCAAAUAGAGUUUACAUAAUUGACUUGUCUGUGACUGAGGUGGGCAUGCUUCCCUUAUCCUUUCUGAAGAAUAGCCCUUCAUAUAUAGGCAAGCUGAUAAAAAUCACCAGCCCACACAGAAGAAUCUGUGGUGCCAAUGAAUCCAAUCCCUCAGUUUUCAAAUCCAUAACUAUCCUCUUCACUCCCCAAACAAAGCUGAACAGGUUGAGCAGUGCAAGUGUUGCUAAAAUGGUAAACAUUGGCGAAUGCGCGCCGAACUCCAUGACCUCUUUCUUGUAUCUUAGCAGCAGCUCCUCGUCAGCCACCUUUUCUGUGACUACAAAACC